AUGAGACAUGAGAGAAAUAGGAGUGAGAAUAGUAAUGUAAUAAAGAUAAAAUAGAGAAAGAGUGAAGAAGUUUAAGUGUUUAACUAGAUUAAUUAAUCAGAUAGAAUGAAUUCGAAUAAUUCCUAAUUGAAACAAUCUAUAAAUAUGUCAGAGAGAAGCAGUUAUUUAGGAUUAGAAAAUCGAUUAUUAGGAUAAGAUAGUAUAUCAGAUAGAGAAUAAUUAUAGAAUAGAGUUUCUUAAGAGGGAUUUCAAAAUAAUUUGGAGGAUGAAUAACCAAUUCCUCUAAUUUAAUUAAUUGAACAUGAACUAAGAGAUCGAUGUAAAGUUGAUACAACAAAACAAAUGAAGUGUUAAGGUGAUCUAAAUGAAUUUUAAACAAAAACAGAAAUUGAGAGAAUUGAUUAUGAUGUAGAUUAGGACAUAAUUCGUAAACAUACAAAACAUUUGUAAAGAGACUAUAGAAUUGAUCCAUACUAUAUAAAGUUAGUAGAGUUACAUGGAUACCAAAGAAUUAAACAUGAAUUGGAAGUAGUCCUCUUUAUUUACAUAUAUAUAGCAUUACAACGAUGCAUAUCCUUUGCUCACAUUGAGAAAGACAAUAGUGUACUUAUCAUUUAUGAUUCCGAUAUUGGCUAAGACAAUCGUAAACUCAAUAUGGUUUGA